UAAUUCAUCACCAAUUAAGUCCUAAUUUAAAAGUUGAAAACUCAUACAGAUUCAAAGUGCCACUCACCUACUUCACUUUAUUCUCUCUCCCUUGGUUGUGGGAGAAUUUCACAUUUCUUCUUCAAAUAUCUCAACAAUAAAUAUCACCCAACUCCAAUUUCUUUUACCUGUGCAUAUUUGUUAACCCCUUUCCCACUCUCUCCAAAUUGUACAUACAAACUUUAAUUAAAAUAUGGACGAUGAAUAUGCUAAGCUCAUAAGAAGGAUGAAUCCACCCAGGGUUGUUAUUGACAACAAUACAUGUGAAUACGCCACUGUUAUACAGGUUGACAGUGUCAACAAACAUGGGAUACUCCUAGAUGUAGUCCAAGUUCUUUCAGAUAUGAACCUUGUGAUAAUAAAGGCUUAUAUCUCCUCUGACGGGGUUUGGUUCAUGGAUGUGUUUAAUGUGACGGAUCGUAAUGGAAACAAGAUCAAAGAUAAAGAAGUCAUUGAUUAUAUUCAGAGGAGACUUGAAAAGAAUGCCGGCUUUGCAACGUCAAUGCGAGAGUCUGUUGGGGUUGUACCUACUGAAGAGCACACCGUUAUUGAACUUACUGGCACAGACCGACCUGGUUUACUAUCUGAAAUCUGUGCAGUUCUUGCAGACCUUCACUGUAAUGUGGUUACCGCUGAGAUCUGGACGCAUAAUACUAGGGCUGCAGCCGUAGUUCAUGUAACAGAUGAUUCCAGUGGGUGUGCCAUCGAGGAUCCAUCUCGACUUUCCACAAUAAGGGAUUUGCUUUGCAACGUCCUUAGGGGGAGUGAUGAUCCAAAGACGGCAAAAACAGUACUUUCACAUCCUGGAGUUACGUAUAGGGAUAGGCGAUUACAUCAGAUUAUGUUUGCUGACAGGGACUAUGAAAGAGUUGAAAGGGCAGGAAUGAAUGAGAGAAAUAAAAGUCCAUUCCCACAUGUAACUGUCUUAGACUGUGUUGAGAGGGAUUACACUGUGGUUAUCAUGAGAGCAAAAGAUCGACCGAAACUUUUGUUCGAUAUUGUUUGCACUUUAACUGACAUGCAGUAUGUAGUUUUUCAUGGUGUGGUUCAGACAGAAAGGACAGAGGCUUAUCAGGAGUUUUAUAUUCGACACAUUGAUGGCUUUCCCAUAAGCUCAGAGGGUGAGAGAGAACGACUUAUACAGUGUCUUGAAGCGGCAAUUGAGAGGCGGGCAUCUGAGGGGAUGGAGCUGGAGUUGUGUACCGAAGAUCGUGUAGGACUCCUCUCAGAUAUCACAAGGAUUUUCCGUGAAAACAGUUUAUGUAUCAAAAGAGCUGAAAUAUCAACAGAAAAUGGGAAGGCAAAAGAUACUUUUUACGUCACUGAUGUAACUGGUAGCCCUGUCGAUCCAAAGAUUAUUGAUUCGAUCCGCCGUCAGAUUGGCGACACGGUGCUGCAGGUGAAACAUAACUCUAGUCUUUCACCAAAGCCUCCUCAAGGGACAAAAAUUGGGUUUCUUUUAGGAAGUUUCUUCAAAGCUCGAUCUUUUCAGAAUUUUAAGUUGAUUAGAUCCUAUUCAUAAGUCCUCUUAUGUGUAUAUUCUCACUAUUUUCAUCAUGUUUCAAGUCAAACAGAAAAAUGCAUACUGCAUAGUAGGAGCCUCAAAUAUCUAUGUUGUGCAGGUGUAACAUUAACAUAAAAAUCUAGGUUGUGCAUGGUGUAAAUAGGUCUAGAUUUUCAAAUCCAAACGAGUAAAUAAUGCUUUUACUUUGUGUUUGUAUAUAUAUGGUAUAAAUAGUCCUAGAUUAUCAAAUCCAAAAGAGUAAUUGUACUUUUAGUUUGUAUUUAAUUAUGAUGUAAAUAAUUUUAGGUUAUCAAAAUACAAGAUUGUAAAUAGUACUUUUACGUGUUGUAAUUUGGAGUCCAUGUAAAUUUGAAUGUGUAAUUUGGAGCA